AUGUCGAUCAAGUACUGCGACCAGCACAAGGAUUGCGAGCGGCAGCGUCUGUACCGCCGCUUCUGCGCCGCCCUGGUGGGCAUCAUCCUGCUCCUCCUCCUCAUCGUGCUCAUCGUGUGGCUGGUCCUGCGCCCGACGAAGCCCCGGUUCUUCCUCAACGACGUGAGCAUCGUGUGCAUCAACGUCAGCUCCGCCUCCUACCUCACCGUCACCAUGCAGGCUACGCUGGCGUCGCGCAACACCAACGACCGCGUCGGCAUCUACUACGACAGCGCCGACGUGUACGCCGAGUACCGGGCGAUGCAGAUCACCGUGCCCACCUCGCUGCCGCCCUUCUUCCAGCCGCCCAACGACGCCACCGUCUGGGCGCCGUUCCUCUCCGCCUCCAACGUCCCGCUGCCGGUCUACCUCGCCACCGCGCUCACGCAGGACGAGACGGCGGGGUACCUGCUCGUCACCAUCCGCGUCGAUGGAUGGAUCCGGUGGAAGGCCGGGGCGUUCAUCACCAGCCACUACCACCUCAGGGUCCGGUGCCCCGCGCUGCUCACCGUCAACGACGGACAGGGAAGCUACGGCUCCAACGCCGGUGGGGGGCUCGGCUACUUCAAGUUCCAGCGCGCAGCACCGUGCAUCGUCGACGUCUGA